AAUAAGCGUGCGCGUCCCCGCGUGCAGUUGUGCGAAUGGCGCGGAUCCAGGAGCGCGUUCUCGAGGCGGCGUCACCUGAGGUCCGAGAACAGACCUCACUCCUCCUCUUCCUCCACUGAUCUACACUGCCUUGCAAUGAAGCACCCACACAGGAGGUGCAAGACCCCUCCCUCAGUAACCGUCCGGGUCAAACCCAACAGCGCUCACACACUCCAAAUCAGGAGAGGUCUUCGAUUGAAGAGAACCAACGGCCAAGAGGCCCAGGGCCCUGCCGGGAAGAGCACGCCGAGCCAGCUGCAGGUUGGGACGCUUAAGGCCAGAAUCCCCUUGGCUCCAACUAUUGUCAUCCAGAGUCAGGAAAUGGCGUCGUACUUCAGACUUUUUGAUGAUGACCUCAUUCAAGACUUCCUGUGGACGGACUGCUGCCGCAAACUGACAGACAAGUACCUUCUAGCCAUGACCUUUGUGUACUUCAAAAGGGCCCGCUUCACUAUUGACGAGUACACCAGGAAGAAUUUUUUCACCGCACUGUAUCUUGCCAACACCAUGGAGGAGGAGGAGGAAGAGAGCAAGUACGAGAUUUUUCCGUGGGCGCUGGGCAAGAGCUGGAGGAGGCAGUUUCCCCGCUUCCUCAAGCAGCGAGACAAGCUGUGGGUUCGCGUUGAGUACAGAGCGGCUGUCAGCAGGCGCUGCUGCGAAGAGGUGAUGGCCAUCGUGCCCGCUCACUUUGUGUGGCAGCGGGAGCGAUCAGAGCACCACAGCGGAGCCCAGCGACAGUACAGUGACAAAGUCAACAUCAGUAUCCCCCGUGGACCCUUCGCCUCCCCAGUCACCUGUGUCCUCUGUCACCACAGCACCAGGUUAGACCAGGGCCUGGGCUCCUCCCAUCCCAACAGAGGAUCUCCUGCACCGAGCCCCAACGCCACCUAUCCAGACCCGUUCACGGCCUUGCUGACUUUGGAGACCACCCCGCUCAGGGCUGCAGCCUCUGGCAGGAAGGCGGCAGAGACUAAAAGCCACGUCCAGUCUCCGUCCUGCUGCUGUGCUGAGGGGGUUCCUAGGGAGGAGUCUUCCUGUGGCUCUACUCUCGACACCUCUAUGAACUGGAUCAGUGAAGAGUAGAGCGCCGCCACCGCCGCAGUUUUACUACAGCCGUCUUUAUACCAACAAAGAAGUCGUCAUAUUCUGCAUAACUUGCAGUCAGAUUAAUGUUAUAUGCCAAAGAGUAUUACUGUAAAGGUUUGUUUAACCUGCACUGAGUUUCUGCUAUAUAUUUAAAUACAUAUAUAUUUUUACUUAUUUAUUUUUUAUUUAUCAAAGCACUUUUUGGGACAACCACUCAUUAACAGAUAGGGGGGAAAGUCCCUUUUGAAUGAAUUGAAGUUUCGCCACACAAUGUCGCUCACUGUACUGGAGUUCUGUUGUGUGUGUGUUUGUAAUGUUUGUGUUCCGCUUAAAUUAUACAACACUGUCUAUUGAGUUUUCAAUAAAAGGUUGAACUGGAA